AUGGGUGGGGUGAUGAGGCUGGUGCAGCGCCGGCUGGGAGCUCUGGGAUGGGAGCAUUUGAUUGCUGGGCCGGUUCUUUGGGAGCGCGGCGUCGUCAGCCUUGUCUGUGUCGCCUUGCUGGUCUCGGUCUCUGUCAACGUCUUCGCCUCGGUCUCUGUCUCUGUCAACUGGUUUCUCGACUUCAUCUUCGUCCUGGUCGUCUCGCAACAGGUCUGGUAUUCGCAGCUCUCGUCUAUUCUCGCCAAUGCUGGGAUUAGCCUGCUGCACAAUGAUAUGACGCCCGCCAAUGUCACUCACUCACUGCCACCCCUCCCUUGUUCGUUCCCCGAUUCCCCGACCUGA